CUGUUUUUACAUCUGCAUUGUGAAUGAUAGCAGAAGUCCGCUUGUGAAAUCUAUAAAAAUUCAAAAUUGAAACAUGUUUAUAAUUAUAUAAGCAUAUAGCUCAAUUUUGAAGAUUAAUUUGAUUGGUAAUGGACCCUACUGAUGAGAGUAAGCGUAAACCUAGGCGCACGCGUGGUACACCUUCAUACUAUUACCGAAAUAGGUUUGCUGCAGGUGUCAUAGCCACCGGAGUUUUGUUUUUUGGCAUUUUUACAUUGACACCGAUAUAUCGUUUUUCAAAUGAAAAAAUAACAACACGACUACUUGUAGAUAACGAGGAAGUUAAAGCCCGAAAGGAAUUCUUCAAUUACACCGUACCGAAAACCUCUAAAUUUAUAGAAGAAGCAAUGAAAGAGAAAGAAAAGUUGUUUUCUGAGCGCUAAUAAUAUAAACGUUUAAUUAAAAUAUGAACCGUGAAGCACGUAAAGCGAAUUUGAAAAAACUACAAUUGCCAGGUUCAACAAAAAAUACUAAAAAUGCACGGUAGGACCAUAACCUAUUAGCCUAUCUAGUAGUAAAUGAUAUGUAAUUAAUGUUAUCUAAUAAAUACCAAAUGAUAUGGUAGAAACUUA